AUGGAACUAACUGAAGAUGAAGAAAAAGCUCAUAAGAAAGCAGACCGCGAGCGUAAACGUCAAGAUGCACGUGAUGCGGCAGAUAAAAAGAAGCGAUUUGGUUUAACACCGGAAAAAAAGCGAAAACUAAGGUUACUCAUUAUGAAAGUGGCCGCGGAUAAACUGAAAAAUGUUGCGCAACAACGCUCAGAAGCGAAAAAACAUUAUAUGGAAGAACGUGUUAAACCAUUACCGAAAGAUUUCGAUAGUUUAACAGAAGGUACGUAUUUUGUUAUCUGA